AGGAGGGGGCAGCAGACAGCAAAGGCACGGACUUGUAGGGUCAGACGGACUGGGAACGGGGCCUCCCUGUCAACCCCCUCCCAAAGGUUAUGACAUUUUUUUCUGAGAUUGUCACAUUUUCUUAUUCUUUUUUUGGACUGGCCGGGCUUGGGGACGUUCUUUUUCCUUCUGUGGAGCAAAGCAGCAACUGCUCCUCAGGGAGCCUCUGUCCCCAGAGACCGGAUUUGCUGCCUGUCUGGCCUCUCCCCUCUCAGACUUGGGGGGCAAAGCCUUGGGGGCUGGGGAAGGGGAGGAGCCCCCCAAUACCAGGAUGAGGGGUAGGACCCUAGUUCAGACUCUGUAUCCCCCGGGAGAGAAGAGGGGCGGCCCAGGGCACCCAUGGGUACCCUGGGGACAUGGGUGGCUGCAGCUGACCUGGGAAGGGUGCGGGGAGCCAGGGACAGGCCACCAGGUCCAGGGCCUGCACCUGGAAAGAAGGGGCCGGCCCCCUCCUCAGCAGACCCCCAGCACACGGCCCCUACCUCUGGACAGGCCCCUCCGCUCCUGAGAGCCUGGGUGGAGACGGCCGCCCAGGAGGGACAGUCUCAGGGUGCUGCGGGGUGAGUCCCAGAGUGGGGGUGGAGAUGAGGAAGUCACCCGGGGCUGGGUACAGCCACCAGACCUCAGGCUGCCACGCCCCUUCCUUUCCCUAGAAACUUGAUCCCUAAAGGAAAGCCCAGCCUCAGGGCUACGCUGUCUCCCCAUCUGCUCACUGGGGGCCCGGGCGACCCCCAGAUCUCAGGGGAAGCUGCACAGCUGGUGAGGGGCCGAGGACCCUGCACCUGCCCCGGACCUGGGUCAGGGCAGCCGCCUCUGUGUGCCCAGACCCGGGACAGUGGAUGCCCUGAGCGUGCGAAUCUCUGGCUUGUCCCCUCUGAGCAGAGCUUACACACUCAGGCCCCACGGCCCAGAGAGGCCAACAAGGACAGAAACACGGACGCAAAGGCCGCAAGCUGGGAGUGGCUUGGCGGGAAAAUGAAGAUUAAGUGACGAAACAAAGUAGAUCUGAGUCCUGAGCCUCCUGGCCGCUGAGGAGGGCAGUGGGCGUGCAGGGAGGCCCAGAGGGCCGUCACCUGGGCAGUGGCGGGCUCAGGUGUUCAGACGCUGACUGGCCGCCCUGCACCACUGCCUGAGGGGACGCUGGCAUCCAUGGUAGCCUCUUAGGUGGCACUGGGGCUGUGGGUGGCUUCAAGGCCCUGGUGUGCCCCCACUGCAGGUGUGGCCCAGCGCUAGGAAGGACGUGCACCACCUCAGGGACUCCGAGGAGGCAGCGGGAGCAAAGCCAGGGCACCCCUUCUUCCCCGGCUGGCGUGCCCUGUCCCCCGCGCUAGGGCCUUGGGGCUGCAGUGUCCGUAGCCUGGGGGCAUGGGCAGGGGGGAGGGAAACCCUGGGUGACAGCAGGGGGUAAGGAGGUGUCACAACCCAAGAACCAUGUUCCCUGGGAGGCACAUGUCCCUCUUCGCCAGGGCCCUGCCCCACUUCCCACACCCUCAGGAAGUCCUGCCCUGAGUCUCACUGAAAUCCUCAAUGCUGCAGGCCUGACCUGCUGCUUCUGGCUGAGUCCACUGUGGCCCAUAGACAGACCUGGAUUCUCAGUGGGGAGCAGCGGUACCCACCUCCCUCCCCCAGAGUCGGGGCAGAAACCCCCUGGAGGGCCGUCUGGCCGCCACCCCCACGCACAGCCUUAGCCCCAGACUCUUGGGGCCCCAGCCCCUUUGGGAGGGGCCAGGAGCCGGAAACCAAGAAAGAGGAACCCAGGCUUCCGGCUUCCCAGGGACUGGGCAGAUGGGGGUGUCCCGGAACUCCUGUGGGGGCCUCAUCUGGGGCCCGGCCUGGGAGGAGGAGCCAGAAGCUGCUGCAGCCCCCUCGUCCCUGAGCCUGGACCCUUCCCGGCCCUGACCCCCAGGCUGUGGUGAGGGUCCGGGAGCUGGCACCACGGAGCCCGGGCAACCUCCUCUGCCCACCCAUGCCCACCCCGCAUGAGGCGGAGAAGCAGCACACAGGGCCAGAGGAGGCAGACCGGCCCCCCUCAAUGACCAGUCAUGACGCAGCCCCUCCGGCGGCCCCCGGCCGCAACCCCUGCUGCCUGUGCUGGUGCUGCUGCUGCAGCUGCUCCUGGAACGAACGGCGGCGAAGGGCCUGGCAGGCCUCCCGGGAGAGCAAGCUGCAGCCCCUGCCCAGCUGCGAAGUGUGUGCCACGCCGAGCCCCGAGGAGGUGCAGAGCUGGGCGCAGUCCUUCGACAAGCUGAUGCGCAGCCCGGCGGGCCGCAGCGUGUUCCGGGCCUUCCUGCGCACGGAAUACAGCGAGGAGAACAUGCUCUUCUGGCUGGCCUGCGAGGAGCUCAAGGCCGAGGCCAACCAGCACGUGGUGGACGAGAAGGCGCGGCUCAUCUACGAGGACUACGUGUCCAUCCUGUCCCCCAAGGAGGUGAGCCUGGACUCACGGGUGCGCGAGGGCAUCAACAAGAAGAUGCAGGAGCCGUCCGCGCACACGUUCGACGACGCCCAGCUGCAGAUCUACACGCUCAUGCACCGGGACUCCUACCCGCGCUUCCUCAGCUCCCCCACCUACCGCGCCCUGCUGCUGCGGGGGGCCUCGCAGUCAUCCUCCGAGGCCUAGGCCGCACACCCGGCCCCCGUGGGCAGACUCUGGGUUACCUUCAUGCGCUCGCGCCAGCGGGGGUGUCGGGACGCACAGCUGAAGGCCCCGCUCGCGGGCUGGGGACCCCAGCCUGGAGGCAGCCCCGGCCCCAGAGGGGCGGCCGGCCCCGUGCUCCUGCCUGGCGAGAGGAGGGGCCCUCCCGGGAGGCUCCUUGAACCCGUGAGCCCCGUGGGGGCUCCUCCCCGGGCAGCCGGCAGGGAAGACCUGCCUUUGCGGCAGCAGGACCUCCAGGUGCCUCGUUUUCUAACGAGACCUUCCUACGUGAGCUGUCUGCACCUCAGAAUCAGGCUCAAGGGCACAGGACCCAGUUUUUCUUUUAUAUGUUCAUGAACUUUAAACCUGGAAACGUGUCCUUACUGUGUUUUAUCUAAAAAAAAAAGAAAAACUGUUUUCAUAUUUAUCUCUCUCCCCUCAUCCCCACUCCAAAAUAGGAUGUCUUAUUAUUGAAGAUAUUUUUAAAACAAAA